AUAUUAAAAAAGCUAACCGAAAGUGUGCGUGGCGUCAUUACGUCGGUGGAGAUGUGUGAGAGAGGGAUCUGACAUGACCUCCGUGACCGUUUCAACUUUCAACUCUGCAUGCCUCCGGUUAUCAGGAUCUGCAGUAAUCCAGUCAAACCGAUGCGCGCUCACGUCAAACCGAUGCCACCGCCGCUUUCUGUCCUCUUAAUCUAUAAUCUGUAAUCUAUAAACAAAUACCUUGAACCUCUGCAAAGGGGUGGAGGGGAGAUUUGGUAAACGCUCGUGCACAUCAUGUUGUGUGAUUUAAUAGAUCACUAAAGCGUCAUAAUUAUCAGCGUUUGUGAAAUCAGGCUUAAUUCUCUCUAUGUUGCAGCGAAAUUAAUAAAAUAAAAUAAAAUAAAAAAUAAAUAAAAACGCGUUUCAUUACUUUCAAUUCAUACAUGAGCGUCACUCACUGAUUCCUUUCAGCUUUAUGAACAAUUUAACUUUUGAGGGAAACUGAUUCACAUUUGGUGUGUGGAGACUCCAUGGCUAUAUUUAAUAAUCAUCUGUCCUUGCUGUUUUUCCGUCUGCUUGCGUCACAGCCAACAUUUUGGCUGCGGAUAACGAAUCACCGUGCGGGGAGAGCAGAAGGGGGAGGGCGGGAGGAGUGAGGAGGACAUGACUCCAUUUGUAAUGAGGGGUCUUGGAGGAAAGUCUCAGAUAAGGACUGCUGCUCCUGCCGCUGGGUUCGCAUGGGUCAUAUGGAGGGAGGAAAGCAAAUGAUGGGGAAACCCCAGCCGCCACAUCUGUAAAAAAACAGACUACGGACGGGAAGACGCGGAAUGUUCGCAACAAAUCUGGAAGGAGCAGCGCGCGCAACAACAGAAGGGGGAAAAUCACGUUGGGCUUUGUGGGACUUUGAGAACCGACGGAGAAACUGAGGAGCGUCUGGCUUUUUUAAUUAUAAAGCGAUUCAGACGCCCACCUUUUACAGAAGGAUGAGCGCGUUUUCCACAGGAAGAGGAGUGCUUUGAGUGGGACAUGGCAAACGGAGGGGAUCAGUUUUGCCUUGCAGAGCAUCCGGACCCAGACUUGGACUGCAUGGAGCCUCCAAAAGAGACUAAAGAAGAAAAUCACGGCUUCACUCUAAAAGCAGCUGCUUCACCACAGUCCAGCCAGCAGGAUGGGAUGGAGGCAAUCAAAGUUGUCCUUCAUGACAGGGAACUCUGGACCAAGUUUGACGAGGUGGGAACUGAGAUGAUCAUCACUAAAGCUGGAAGGAGAAUGUUUCCCAGCUACAAAGUCAAAGUCUCAGGACUGAACCCGAAGACCAAAUACAUUCUGCUGAUGGACAUCGUGCCUGCAGAUGAACAUCGCUACAAGUUUGCAGACAAUAAAUGGUCGAUAACGGGCAAAGCAGAGCCCGCCAUGCCUGGAAGGCUCUACGUCCACCCGGACUCUCCAGCCACGGGAGCGCACUGGAGCCGCCAGCUUGUUUCCUUCCAGAAGCUCAAACUCACCAACAACCACCUGGACCCUUUUGGACACAUAAUACUCAACUCCAUGCACAAAUACCAGCCUCGACUUCACAUCGUCAAAGCGGAUGAAAACAACGGCUUUGGCUCCAAAAACACAGCUUUCUGCACUCAUGUGUUCCCAGAGACAGCCUUCAUUGCUGUGACAUCGUAUCAAAACCACAAGAUCACUCAGCUGAAGAUAGAAAAUAAUCCUUUUGCAAAGGGUUUCAGAGGCAGCGAUGACAAUGAGCUGCAUCGCAUGGCCAAGCUUCAGGGUAAGGAUUACCCUGUCGUACCUCGCAGUACAAUCCGCCAAAAAGCUUGCUCUGCUGGGAGUCCCUUCAGGGGGGAGACUCGGGGACUGCGGGUCUCCCCCGAGGCUGUUGGGUCCCCCUACAGCUGUGAGAAUGGCAUAAAUGGUGGCAGUCCUCGGGAGCUGCUGAGCGCUCCACCGACCCACUUCAGCCACCCUCAUCCACACCUGCAGCCACAGGUCUACCACUGCAGCAAGAGGAAAGCAGAACCAAAUAGCUCUUCAAGGAACCACCAGCAUCCCUAUAAGAAUACCUUCUCUGGUGGCUCGCCAAGCGAGGAGGACUCCUACUACCACCCUUCCUCCUACCCUCCUCCUCCACCUCCUCCAGGUUUACCCAAUCUGUCUGCCCUGGGUCUCACCGACUCCCCCUACAGCUCAGACAUGGGACAGCGACAGGCCUGCAUGUUUGCCAGCUCAGAGACCAGAAUGGAUGAGUUCAGUUGUGCAUCCUGGUCUUACCCCUGCCCGCUCCCCGCUGCCAUGACUCCCAUGGAACCCUACCCACCUUACACACCUCACCCCCCCUACAGCUCCAGCCCUCAGGGCUCUCGGCUCAGCUCUUUAGCCCAAAAAAGCUCCCCGCCUCUGGGGGAGCCCAUCACCCACGAUCCCUACCAGAGCCAAGGCUCAGGAGCUCGGUCUCAGAGCUCCCAGAACAUUCCCAGCAGGCAGCUUUGCUCUCCUCUCCGAGAGUAUCCUCGCUACACUCCCAACCUGUCGCCACCUCUCUACCAAACACUAGACUCCCACACACACCUCAGGUGUGGAGUCCCAGAAUGGAGUGCAGCCUCAUAACAACCAUUCAACAAUCAGCCGUUCAUCUGCUCUCCUUAGAGAUGCUGCACUAUGUACAGACUUAUUACCUUUGUGAAAAGUGAUCAUGUACUGUUAAAAGUCUCAUCUGUCCAUUGUGUUUUUGGUUUCUCUCUGCUGGAAGGAGCAAAGAACUGAACAUAGACUUGCUUCAUCUUCUUCUAAGCAGCACAAUGAACAACAAAGUUGUAUUGAAGUGUCUUUGUGAAAAUGAAUGAUUCAAGUCCUCCAAGUUUGCACUGUAAGCUGUUUUUAAAGGCUGAAUCGAGCAGGACUGGGCUGCUCUCCUCUCAGUAUUUCUCCCUUCAUGGAUUGUGAAGGACAGAGAGCGUGAAUACUGACAGUUACAUUUAUCCUCCUAAAUCAUCUCAGCCCUCCCAACAGAACCUGAGGGCGACGUUCUUCCCUUUAGAGGAGCAAAACACAACUCCUUGCUCAGUCCCAAUGAGGGAGAAAAGGCGCCGGCUGUCUAAGUGCGCGCGUGUGUGUGUGUGUGUGUGUGUGUGUGUGUGUGUGUGUGUGUGAGUGAAUGUAAAACUUGUCAGUUCAGUUCAAGGAUGCUGUGAGUUCAUUUCCAAUGAGGCAGCCCACUGUAGCUGCAGGCACCGCACCAUGGAGAUAAACACUUUGUUUAGACCGCACUACAAGGCUGAGGGACCUGUAAACACUGUUUGCAUUGCAUUCUGGGUAAAUGCACAAUUCAGUGUCACACGGCUGUCACUGCUGUCCUCUCAGUCACCCCCUUGUCUGACCAAUCGCCUGCCUCUGCUGAAUAAGAAGCAGCCAAUGAACACGCAGAUGUCUUGUUUUUCCCUUACUGUGUGUGUGUGUGUUGCUCCAUUUUUGUUUGUGUGUGAAUUAUUCAUGAGGCCGCUGUUGAUCUCUGACAUGCAGGGAUUGCUCAGCAGAAAAUGAAAUGUAGCUGUGUCAUUGUUAAAGCUCAGACUCCUCAGGAGCAGCGAGUUCGUCCAUCAGCAUCCGAACGCGUCCGUGUUGCAUCCUCUCCGUUCCUCCAAAUGUUUUCAUUAUAUUGUAGCAAACCGUGAAGAUCUCUCGCCGGUGACAUCAUCAGCUUGUUUUAAAGUCCUGAAUCUGUUUUAACAUGCAGUAACGCAUCAUAAGGUGUUCCUAACAUGACAUUACUCCUUUUUCUGUAUUUGUUGUGUGUGUGUGUGUGUGUGUGUGUGUGUGUGUAAUAAGCUGUUUUUUAAGCAUUGUUCCUGCUAAUAGUAUUUAUUACUCUGAAAAGUUUCCUUGUUGUGGAACAAGAUGAUUUGUCUGUUUUGUCCCUCUAUCAGAUGAAUUAUUGUGAUGAACAAACUUUUUUGUUUGUAUGUUUGUUUAAUGGGUGAGUGUGUGUGUGUGUGUGUGCG